GUAUUGGAUCGUAGCAAUCGAUUUCCUCCGAAUGGUUGCUUACGGUGUUGUCUUGCUCUGGAUGCACAUGCUUAUCGCUGAGAGACUUGCUCUCUUAGAGCAGUCCUCGCAUCAGAACUUUUGCAGCAAGUGGUUUUGGAAGCUCAUUGGGGUUCAAGCCGUCAGCUUCACGAUUCAGACGCUCUUAUCUUGUGGCUACGCGGUGUGGCGGUUGUCCGACUCAUUCGUGUAUGCUCCGGCUGAGGGCAUGGUGGCCAUCUAUGGGCUCACACAAUCCUUCCUGCAGUUGCGAAGGGUUCUGCGCGUUGCAAAGCUUGACAACACAGCCACAUUGCAGACAGGCAACGAAGCAGAGUUGAACAGCUCGCAGACAGGUAAGUUCUGUUGCCUCGCGAAGCGCAGCGAAGUGCCGGCACGUGAGACUGCAUGGAGCCCUCCUUGGAGAGCAAAAGUCGAAGAGCUCUCAUUGCGUGGGAUGACCCUGCGGAGCCUUUUGCAUUUCUACCAGCAACACCUCUGCCACAUUCUCGGCGGAUACUCCGCCAAGGUUCAUAAGACCAGAGAUGUGGUCCGAAGCGUGAUAAUUCCAAUCACCAGCAGGCAGGAAUGUCCAUAUGCAGCUUCGCAAUGGAACACGGAUGGUCCUCGAAGGGCCGAGGUCAUGGUGACCCACAACUGGGGCAACAUAUUUCAGGAUCUUCUCGCAGCUGUCGUGUCGGAUGCGCUGCAAGAAUGCAGUUUCAAGCUGGCAGGGCAGCUGUUGGAAGAUGAUUGCCCCUUUCUCUGCGAUAUUUUGGCUAGGAGUGGUCGCCUGGAUGACACGUAUUGGAUUUGUGCUUUUGCAGUGAAUCAGCACAUGAGCAUAUGCCACACAAAUCCAUACGACCGUGACCCUCUGACAGAUCUGCUGUAUCCAGUUUGCAAUUGCAGUUGCACCAACAUUGUCGACCCGCAUGGCAAAAGUACCGCUUCAGAGGUCAACAAAUUCGUUGACAUGAUGUAUCAUCUUGCAUCGACAGGUGGCUGCAGGCAAGUCAUUGCAGUUGACAGAGCUUUUGACUUGUUCAACCGUGCCUGGUGUGUCGCCGAAAUCGCAGAAGCCAAUCGUCUGCAAAUGAAGCAACCACUAAAGGUUGCGUCGAAGGCAACCAUUGAGCAGAGAGCUCGAACACUGCAAAACUUAGAUGUUCGGAACAUGCAGGCAUCCUCUGAGACGGACAAGCAGCUUAUUAUCAAAGAGAUCAAGAACAGCAGAAACAUCGACGACUUUAACGCGGAGCUGCAAGCACUUAUUUUUGACCCAGGGUCAGGUCUGUUGGCAUCCUGGAGUGCUAUGGAUAGCCUCCAGCAGAUGGUGGAAGUUGGCCGGCUCAUACGAUGGGGGCUUGCUGACGCAGGUAGUGGCAAGGUUUGGAAAGCAUGGGACGCUGAUGAAUAA